CGCCCCCUGGCUGCAGUCAGUCGGAUGCAGGCGGUGGUUGUCGGUCGCUCAGCUCGGUGCUCCCUGUCGCUGCUGCAGCAUGUCCCGGUGCCAGUGGCGGCCGUGCCCCCCGCCGCGGUGAUGUCGGUUCCCUGCUGCCUUUCCCCGCUAUGAAAGAUCCGCAGAGCCCCCGCAAUGACGGUGCCUUUGCUGAAGAUCGGAAUUGUCCUGAGCACCAUGGCCAUGAUCAGCAACUGGAUGUCCCAGACUCUGCCCUCUCUGGUCGGUCUCAACGCCACCAGGCUGAGUGCUGCCAGCACCGGGAGCCUGGACCGCAGCACAGGGGUAUUACCGGACAAUGCUGAAGAUGGUUGGCGUGUAUUCAGCUCUGCCCCAGACAGUGAAGGCAGGUGUAUCUGCACCGUGGUGGCACCUCAGCAAACUCUGUGCUCACGUGAUGCCCGCACCAAGCAACUGAGGCAGCUCCUGGAGAAGGUGCAAAACAUGACCCAGUCCAUCGAGGUGCUGGAUCGCCGAACCCAGCGUGAUCUGCAGUACGUGGAGAAAAUGGAGACACAGAUGAGAGGCUUGGAAACAAAAUUCAAACAGGUGGAGGAGAGUCACAAAGCGCAUCUCUCCCGACAGUUUCAGGCCCUAAAAUCGAGAAUGGAUGAACUGUUGCCUUUAAUCCCCGUGCUGGAACAGUAUAAAGCUGACGCCAAGUUGGUGUUGCAGUUUAAGGCGGAGGCGACGAACCUGACGGCUGUAUUGGCCGAGCUUCAGGAGGAGAUCGGGCCGUUCGACUACGAGGAGCUCCUGGCCAGAGUCUCCAAUCUGGAGAACAGGUUACGAGCCUGCAUGCAAAAAUUAGCGUGUGGCAAACUGACGGGAAUCAGCAACCCACUCACCGUGAAAACAUCUGGAUCGAGGUUUGGUGCCUGGAUGACAGAUCCUGCCUCACCAGAGGGGGACACUAAGGUUUAUUACAUGGAUGGUUACCAUAACAACCGCUUUGUGCGUGUUUAUAAGUCCCUGCAGGAUUUCAUGGGUACGGACAAUUUCACAGUGUACCGUCUGCCUCACCCAUGGUCUGGUACUGGUCAGGUGGUUUACAAUCAGACCCUGUACUUUAAUAAAUACCAGAGCCACAUCCUCAUCAAGUUCCACAUUCCCACUGAGCGGCUGCUGACUCAGAGAAGCCUGGACUACGCCGGCUAUAACAACAUGUACCCGUAUUCCUGGGGAGGCCAUUCUGACAUCGACUUGAUGGUGGACGAGGGUGGGCUCUGGGCAGUCUAUGCCACCAAUCAGAAUGCUGGGAACAUCGUCAUUAGCAAGCUGGAUCUGGGAACGCUGGAGGUGAUCCGGAGCUGGAACACUGGCUAUCCUAAACGGAGUGCAGGGGAAGCCUUCAUGAUCUGUGGCACUCUGUACAUGACCAACUCACACCUGGGUGGGGCCAAGGUUUACUACUCAUACAACACCAACACUUCCACCUAUGAGUACACUGACAUCCAGUUCCAUAACCAGUACUCUCACAUCUCCAUGCUGGAUUAUAAUCCCAAAGACCGAGCCCUUUACACAUGGAAUAAUGGUCACCAGGUUCUAUACAAUGUCACGCUGUUCCACAUCAUUAAAUCUGAUGAGUUGUAAGGCCAUACAAAUUCCUUCCUUUCCACAAUGAUACAGUCAGUAUAGUGAUAUAUAGAUCUGGAAGACCUGUAGAGGUGUUUAUAUAUAUUCCAUAGAAAGGACAUGUAGCCUCUUUGACGUUUUAGUUUGGUUUCUGGGCUAUUCCUGUCUCCACAUAAAAGGGUUUCCUCAAUUAGCUGAUAUCUGCUCCCAAUUCCAAACUCAUAACAAUAGGUUAAUGGACGAGAUACUACCUCCCUCCUGCUCUCCCUCCCUCUGUGUUCUCAUACACUCUUCCUCUAUUCCUUCCUUCCCACUUAUUGCCCCUUCUCUCCCUCACCACUUCCCUCCUAACUCCCUCCUCACUCCCCCUCCCUAUCUUUCUCUUCCUGUCCCUCUCUCACUUUCUCUCCAGUGUUGAGGAUGGUAGGACCCAAGUUGUUGCUGUUGAACUUGGGAUCCACAGUAGGAGCAACCACAGGAACCAAACCUGCUGAUGGUCAGGGACCUCCUCACUCGAUCUUCAAUACUUUGGCAAAUUGUAAGAGGCAGGGAACAAAACAG